CUUUAUCUACCUAGUAUGGACGAUACGAAGAGGUCACCAAGCCCGCAGCCGUCAAUUCCAUGACGCGCCUGUCCUUACGUCAAAUCGCAGGUUCUCUUCCACCGAACGAAGCCAGAGAACUCCGUGCCGCGUUUAAGCAGGCUUUUCCAACAGAAGCUGGCUCUAAGAAGGACUAUCCAUGCAACUCUUGUGGCUUCACACCAAACCGUAUGGAGCAGGAAGGUGGCAGGAAGCUUCGUACUUGUAGCGGGUGCCGUAAGGUUGACCGACUUAUAUUCUACUGUUCGUCGGAAUGUCAGCGUCGCGACUGGAAGCACGGGAAACCGUACCCGCACAAAGCAAUCUGUGGAAAGCCCCUCACCGAACGAGAGAUCUGUGAUCUCCCAAGUACAAAGAGUUUCUAUUCUGCAGAAGAUCUGAUACCAGAUGCAGAGCCACAAUUUCAACGGUCAACAGCUCUCAGCCGUCAAAUUUCUUGCCUGUUGACAGAUCUUUGGUUAGAUUAUGUGCUCUUUGUACCAGAAAACACGGAUCCGGGUGGUCAAAAACGAAUCAACGUAAUGUUUGAUUUGCGAAGAAAACCUCAGUUUAUCUUGCAUCGUAACCGAGCACUCAAAAACGGCGACGCUUCGGCUGUACAAAUCAUGUAUGCGCUGCUACUGGGAGGUGUGGAAGGAGAGAUUUCUCCCACACAAUCUGACGAGCCGAUUUCUCCGUCACUGAUCCGGUCGCAGCUCGAGGAGGAAUACGGGGUCAUCGUGGACAGCACACCGCCCUCUGUGCAGGAUCAACAUCGCCUGAGCAUGAACGCUACUUCUGAAGAGCUCGCACUCAUAGAUCACACCCUCAACAGAGUCGUAGACCCGGAGAGGAUGCAGAGCAUGAAGCAGCUCCUCAAGACGUGCAGCCCAACACCAUACCUGAUAGGCUGUUGAAUACAAUGUUAAAAUUGCGUAUAAAUGCGAAAUGAUGUUGAGAUUC